AUGCCACACCGGAUCGAUGAACAAAUGGCGUCCUUUUUUGAUACAGAAUUAUCGGCCAGCAUCAUGCAGCGGCGGUCUUGUGCUGCGAAACAUAACCGCCACACGAAGCCACCCCCGCAGAAGCUGCAGGAGCGACAAGAAGAUGAGUUGCCGCCGUCGCCUUUUUUUGAUGCCUAUGUUGUCUUGGACUUUGAGGCGACAUGCGAGCGUAACAGACGUUUAGAAGAGCCGGAGAUUAUUGAGUUCCCCAUGGUGUUGAUUGACGCCCGAAGCCAUCGCAUUCUGACAGAGUUUCAACGGUACGUGAGGCCUGUCGUCAACCCGAUAUUAUCGGAUUUUUGCACAGAACUCACUGGCAUCAAGCAGUCGGUUGUCGACGCGGCAGAAACAUUCCCUUUGGUGUUUGACGCGGCACUGGAGUUUCUUCGUGGUAGUGGGUACGGUGAGGCACCACCGUUGCGUAGUUAUCUCUUUGUGACUUGUGGAGAUUGGGACCUGAAGACGAUGCUGCCAAGCCAGCUGCGGACGACGGAAAAGACCGGCACGGCAAUUGUCGCCCCGUCCACCUUUAGGCGAUGGUGCAACUUGAAAGUACCCAUGCGAACCAUCGUCCCUACGAAGGCGCGUGGCAUUUUUGACUUGAGAGAAAUGUUGGCUGCCGUGGGUCUUCCUUUGAAGGGCCGCCACCACAGUGGGAUCGAUGACUGCAGGAACAUUGCAUCAGUUGUACAAGAACUUCUGCGGAGGGGGCAUGUCAUUGCACCGACGACAGACCACAGCGGAAUUCGGCAGAGGGAGAGUUCUUUGUCGCGUGCGGAAGACAGACCGCUGACGGGGUUGCGUGGGGGGACACGUGUCCCGAAGAAACACGCUGAAAAGAGGCCUAACGCCCCCAUGAUGCAAGAGGCAGGAGUACCUGAGCGACCCCAUUUGAAAAUUGUUUCGGAGGAGGACCCGCUACCGGCACUGCUGAAAAACAGCAACCUUGUGUUGGAAGAGGCGAAGAAGGUCACGUACUCGAAGACACUUACGAGGAUUCUUCGUCACGCGGCCGAUAAAAUGGGCAUCCCUGUCUCAAGCGGGGGUUUUGUGCAUGUGGACCACAUACUGCGAUGCAAGCCUUUUUGCAACGACCCGUUAGCCUUGUCACACAUUGCUCUGGUUGUUCACACGAACGAUAAGAAACGCUUUAAGAUGGCGUAUGAUGAUCACCACCGCCUGUACAUACGCGCCAAUCAGGGGCACAGCCUCGCGGGAAUUGAUCCGGAGUUACGGCGCAUUGAAUCCGCUACGGAAAUGCCUGCUGCUAUUCACGGGACAUAUUACUCCGCAUGGAAAGAGAUUUGUGCGUGUGGGUAUCUGUCGACGAUGACGCGGCAGCAUAUUCACUUUUCAAGAGGUUUAAUAAGUGAUCACUGUGUAAUCAGCGGGAUGCGUUCUAAUGUGGAGGUUCUUCUUUACCUUGACGUUGCAAAAGUCCUUGCGGAUGGCAUUGAGUUGUGGGAAAGUGAAAACGGUGUGCUCUUGACACCAGGCAUGGGAAGCACGAAGAGACUGCCGCUCACGUACAUUUCGAAGGUGGUGGAUCGCAAGACUGGCCAGACGCUUGCGCAUGAUUAG